AUGCGGUGGCCUCUACCUCAUUUUCCGUAUCCGCCUUCCAAGGCUGGAUUCUGGAGUCCCGUCACGUCGACACUCAACUGGUGCGAGGAGGAUUAUUAUGCCACUGUAUACUCUGCAGAGAUCGUGAAUGCUUUGACGAAUCUCCUGUUUAUGUGGCUGGGCAUCAAAGGGAUCAUCAGCUGCCGGCGCAACCAACAUGAUCAGAUCUUCCUCGUUGCCCUCUUGGGCUACCUCGUUGUGGGCACAGGCAGUUUUCUCUUCCAUUCAACCCUCAAAUGUAAGUGGCCUAUAGCUUGUUAUGACUCAACUUCGCAUACAAACCACUACACCUUCCAUGCGCUCGACUCUGAAGAUCCGUCUACAAACAUAAUGCAAGACUCCAAGCUGACCGUUGGAUUCGCGUUCCCAGACCCAAUGCAGUUAAUCGAUGAGCUCUCCAUGAUUUACACCACCUGCCUGAUGUGCUACGCGUCCUUCUCCUAUUCCCGCCCGACAGGCAUACGCUUGGUCCUUGCCAUUUCACUCGCCUCGUUGGCAGUCUUCAUUACGCUAUACUACCACUACUUGCAAGACCCGGUUUUCCACCAGAAUGCCUACGCAGUCUUGACCACAGUUGUCGUGCUGCGCAGUAUGCAUACUAUGGAAACGACUCUGCGUCCCAAAUGGCGCCACUCCCGCGAAGAAGACCGCUUGGAACGCCAGAAGAAGGGCCUACCGGUUCCGUCGAAGGAGCGCCAGCACUACGAGAACGUGCGCGACAUGAAAACCCUCAAGACCAUGUGGUUCAUGGUUGGAUACGGUCUUAGCAUGUUUCUCGGUGGGUUCUUCAUCUGGAACCUAGACAACCAGUUCUGUUCGCAGAUUCGCCAGUUGCGCCGGAAGGUGGGAUUGCCGUGGGGGAUUUUCCUCGAGGGCCAUGGUUGGUGGCAUAUCAUGACUGGCAUCGGUGCAUACUUGUAUAUUAUUUGGGGCAUCUGGUUGCGACAUUGCCUGAACGGCCGACAGGAUGACUACCAUUUGCGGUGGGCGCAUUUCUGGCAGAUUCCAGAGGUGAUUCGUACCACACCCACCUCUAAUAAUGAGGUUGCCCGAGACAAGAAGUCCACCUGA